CGUCAACAAGCUUUAUGCUCAAACGUUAGCUUAUUUUUAAAUAUUUAUAUAUAUUAGAAUUUUUUUAUUAAUUUCAAAAAUCCCGCCAAAGCUGCUCUACGAUAUUAAUGAAAUUUGAGUGUACCAUGAAUUAGGGAAUAGAUUUUUAAGAGUAUUAACGGGAAAUUUAAAAUAUAGUAUAAUAUACGAAUUCUACAAUAUCUUGACAAAAUAAUGACGAAAAGUAUGAAGCAGACUGUUAUUAAAAAUCCAACAUGGUGGAAAAGACGUUCUGCUAUUGAACGAGGUUUAAUAAUUGUGGCAAUAUGCGCUGUUUUGUUAGCAACGUCACUCGCGAUAGGUCUUGGGAUUAUUGCGUCAAAUAUCAUUCUUUGCGAAUCACCCCUUACGCAUGAAGCUCUUGUUAGCGGUCCAUUCUCCAGAAAAAUGCCUCAAAUCGUGGAGAAAUUAAUUAAUGAAGAUAUCUGCCUUACACCAGGAUGCAUUCAUACGGCAUCGUUAAUUUUGGAGAAUAUGGAUACAAGUGUAGAGCCUUGUGACGAUUUUUAUCGAUUCGCUUGCGGUAAUUUCCUAAAAAACACAGUUAUUCCUGAUGAUAAAACCAGUGUGAACACCUUUAGUAUCAUCAGUGACAAAUUGCAGAAACAGCUGAGAAGUAGCAUCGAGGAAGAAAGUAAUAUAAAUGAUCCAAGACCUUUCAGACUCGUCAAAACGCUUUAUAAGUCUUGUAUGAAUAAAUCAAAAAUCGAAGAACAAGGAUUAGAUCCACUUCAUAAAAUACUGAAGGAACUUGGUGGUUGGCCUGUUUUAAUGGGUGAUAAUUGGAUUGAUAGUAACUUUAACUGGAAAGAAUCUGUUUAUAAGUUCCGUAGAAUGGGUUAUUCAGUUGAUUAUUUCCUUGAUUUCAGUAUUGGCAUUGAUUUGAAAAACAGUACCAAGCGCGUUAUAGAUUUAGAUCAAGCAUCAUUGGGCCUGUCGCGUGAAUAUCUGUCAAAAGGAUUUAAUGACAAAAUUGUAAAAGCUUAUUAUAUUUACAUGGUUGAUAUCGCCGAAAUUCUAGGAGCCGACAGACAAUAUGCUAUGAAAGAACUCAAAGAUUCUUUAGAAUUUGAAAUAAAACUUGCUAAUAUUUCUUUGCCAAGUGAAAAACGUCGAAAUGCUACUGCCUUGUACAAUCUGAUGACAGUGCGAGAGCUCGACAAGAAUUUUCCCACAAUACCGUGGCUUGAAUAUUUUAAUACAUUACUAUUACCUGGCAUUAGCAUCACUGAAGAUGAACAAGUUAUUGUUAACGUACCAAGUUUUAUUAGCGACCUUGAACGACUCCUUCAGCAAACAUCAAAACGUGUGCAAGCUAACUAUAUCAUGUUUAGAGCUGCUGCGAGUUCCGUUAGUUACCUGACCGAUGAUAUACGUAAAGUACAGCUUGCUUACUCAACUGUUGUUAACGGUAAGACUGAACGUGAGCCAAGAUGGAAAGAAUGCGUUGAAAUAGUAUCAGGUAGUUUUUCAAUCAGUAUAGGCGCGCUUUAUGUUAGAAAAUACUUUAAGGAUGAUGCCAAGAAAAAUGCGGUUGAAAUGGUUUCUGAUAUCAGACAACAGUUUAUGAAAAUUUUGAAAAUGGUGGAUUGGAUGGAUGAAGCGACAAGAAAAUCUGCACUGGACAAAGCUGUGUCGAUGAGUACACAUAUAGCGUAUCCUGAUGAAUUACUUGAUGAUAAGAAACUCGAAAAAUUCUACAAAAAAUUAGAAAUAACUCCGGGAAAUUAUCUGCAAAGUAUUCUUAAUCUAACUCUUUUCGGCACCGAAUAUUCUUUCGAAAAAUUGAGGAAACCGGUAAACAAAAGUGAUUGGAUCGCUCAUGGAAGGCCUGCAAUCGUUAAUGCCUUCUAUUCAUCAAUUGAAAAUAGCAUACAAUUUCCGGCUGGAAUAUUGCAAGGUGCAUUCUUUAGCAAUGACAGACCUAGAUACAUGAAUUAUGGUGCUAUUGGAUUCGUUAUGGGACAUGAAAUUACGCAUGGAUUUGAUGAUCAGGGUCGACAAUUUGAUAAGGAAGGAAAUUUGGUAGAAUGGUGGGCUAAAGAAACUAAAGAGCGAUAUUUAAAACGAGCUGAAUGUAUUAUUCAUCAGUACGGAAAUUAUACUGCUUCCGAAGUAUCUCUUAAUUUGAACGGCAUCAAUACUCAAGGUGAAAACAUUGCAGACAACGGUGGUAUAAAGGAGGCUUAUCUCGCAUACAACGAAUGGGUACAACGCAAUGGUGUUGAACCUAAAUUACCGGGUCUCGAUUACACUGGUCAGCAAAUGUUUUGGAUCAGUGCAGCUAAUACGUGGUGUAGCAAAUAUCGACCGGAAGCUCUUAAACUUCGUAUUACAACUGGAGUGCACAGUCCCGGUGAAUUCCGUGUUCUUGGUCCUCUGUCUAAUAUGGAUCAGUUUGCCAAAGACUUUCAUUGCCCCUUGGGUUCCAAAAUGAACCCGAAAAAGAAAUGUGCCGUGUGGUAGAUAGGAAGAGAAAACUUGAAAUUAAAUAGGAAUAUUGAAUUCUUUAUAAAAAUU